UUUACAACACGUAACGCGUUGUUUGCAGUUGUAUCGCCAUAUUGUAUAUUUAACGCGGGUCACUGGCGCGUGUAUGGGCUUCUCGUAAGAUUUUCUGUCGAGUAAGACUGUGUGAAUUAACAAGGAUCGUGAAAUAUAACACGCAAUGGAUCUGGAAAAGUUGAAAGUGGCCGAAUUACGGACAGAACUCUCACAGCGUAGGCUCGAUACGAAAGGCGUCAAGUCAGUGCUUGUUGAGAGACUUCGUAAGGCGAUAGAAGAGGAAAAUGCAAACCAAGUAAAUCAAGGAAAAGCAAAUGCCAGUACAGAAGACACGCAUGAUGAUACAAUGCAAGAAAAUGAAAGAUCGACGAAAAUACCACAGACACCAAAAAAGUCUAGUAGAUUGUCAAAAACUGCUCCUGUGAUGACACCAAAGGAAGAUACUGUAAAAAAGUCCUCCAGGAGGACUCCUAGAGUCCCAUAUUCUAGCAGAAGAAGGACAUCUCCAAAGAAGGCAGAUCAGAAUGACAUGUCUCGCGAACCAUCACCUACAAUAUCUGAAUCUGCUUUGGCAGAGGAAGCCAUAGCAGAAGGUUCGAUGCAAGAAGAUACAGUCACGCAGGAAGAACCUAUUGUACAAGAAGUAACUCCAGUACAAGAAGAAAAGCCUUUAUCACCUAAAAAGGAUGAACAAGAAGAAACAAAAGAUUUAUUGCUAAGUAUAGAAAAUAAAGAUAUCAAUUCUAUGAAAGUUAUAAAAGAUGAUGAAGUAAAGAAUGCAGACGUUGAUGAAAAUGAAAAGAAUAUAAAUAUUUCACAAGUAUGCCCUGUAAAAUCACCAGUUGAUUAUAGCGAUACAGAUGUAUCAGUUUCAAAAGAGUCAUUAGAUGACAAAGAUGAAACAGAUCAAAAGCAAGAAUCAACAGUGAUUAAACUGACUCAAGAAACAGUAGAAAACAUACAUAUAAAAGAAAGUCAGAACACUGUUACAGAAGCACAAGAAAAUGAGAAAUCAAUCAUAAUUAAUGAUGCACGUGAUAAGAUAGAUACAAAUACAAAAAGAGAUACAGAUGUUGAACAUGAGGAGGAAAAUAUAGAAUCUAUAGAAAAUAUAGAUAAUGACCAUAUUGUAGAAUCUAUUAAUGAUACUAAAACUACAGACAUUCCUGACCCAGAACAACAAAUAAAUGAGUUGCUUGAAGAAGAUCAAGACAUAGAUAUCAAUGAAAAUGAUGAAUUAAAAGAAGAGGAAUUACUAGAGGAUAAAACAAUCCUGUCAACUAGUGAAAAAGAAAUGGACAGUAGCAUUGAGAAAAAACAAGAUGAAGAGGAUAUAGAAAUGUCUGAAAUUAAACAUGAAGAAGAUACAGAUGUAGAUAUGAAAGAACAAGAUACGAACAACGUUGUCAAGGACAGAAAACGGAAAAGAUCCCCUAGCCCUGUAGAAGAUCGACAUGAUUCACCUUCCCCAGUUCUCAUCGAAAAUGAGCCAGAAAUCGAUGAUUCUGCUUUAAUUUUAUCUUGGUAUGACUCAGAUUUAAAUUUGGUCAUUGAUAAGGAUGGAUAUUUCACCGCUACGCCUAUGCACAAUGAUGGAUUUUCGCACAUGUGGGCUGGAGCAAGAGCAUCCUAUGGAUUUCUUUGUGGGAAGGUUUACUAUGAAGCAAAAAUAGUGGAACAUUGUACUGUUAAUGCAGAAAACGAAGAUCAUCCGCAUGUACUCAGAAUUGGUUGGUCAACUCCUUACACCUCAAUGCAACUUGGAGAGGAAAAAUUUAGUUUUGGAUAUAGCAGCACUGGUAAAAAAUUGACGGAUAACCAAUAUGAAGAUUAUGGACUUGAAUUUGGAAAAGACGACAUUAUCGGUUGUUAUUUGGAUGCAACAUCUGAAAAUGUUGUUAUGUCUUAUACUGUUAAUGGAAAAGAUCAAGGCAUAGCAUUUAAUAUCUCUAAAGAGGAACUCAGUGACAAACCAUUGUUUCCACAUAUUUUAAGUAAAAAUUGCAGUUUUGCUUGCAAUUUUGGCCAAGAAACACCAUGGACAGAAGAAAUUUUGCAAGAUUACGUUUCAAUUGGAAAUGUGGAAUCUCAAUAUAAAAUUCCUGGUCCGCGAAGACCAGAAAAAAAAGACGAAUGUGAAAUAAUAAUGAUGUGCGGAUUACCUGCUUGUGGGAAAACUACUUGGGCAAUGCAAUAUGUAACUGAACAUCCCCAAAAAAUGUACAACAUCUUAGGACUCAAUAGUCUAAUUAAUAAAAUGAAAGAUCCUGGAUUAUCUGAAAAAGAAGGCUAUAAUGAACAAUGGAAAAUACUUAUCGGUAAAUGUACCGACGCAUUGGACAGAUUGAUAGAAAUGGCUUCUAGCAGAAGACGUAAUUAUAUAUUAGAUCAGACAAAUGUAUAUCCUUCCGCACAACGACGUAAAUUGAAGAAUUUCUGUGGAUAUCAAAGAAAGGCAGUAGUUAUAGUUCCAUCAGAAGAAGAAUUUAAAUCACGCAUUGCUAAACAUAAACCAAUAGAUGGCAAGGAAAUUACUGAUUCUAUGAUUUUAGAGAUGAAAGCGAACUUCAGAGCUCCCAUUGUUGGUGAAUCUUUCAAUGUUGUCGAUUGGGUCGAGCUUAAUCAGGAAGAAGGUGAAAAACUUAUAGAAAAAUACAAUAAAGAAGGGAAGGAUGCAGGCUAUGGUGGACAAAGAAUUAAACGAGCACGCAAUGAUUCGAGAUCAGAAAACGCUCAUGAAAGUCGAGGUGACAUAAGAAGUAAUCGCGACAACAGAGAUUAUCGUGACAGACGAAGCAAUUAUCCCGACAGAAACCGUAAUCCUGUUUGGCGAGGUAACAUGGGAUGGAGAGACAGACCACAAAGAGGAGGUGGACACAUAAGACACGGUAGCGGUUAUGGUCCUCCGAUGCCAAGAAGAAGAAGAGGGGUACCUAUUCCACUUGUACACCGAGGAAUGAGUAGAAGAGGUGGCAAUAGUGAUAGAAGAGGAGGAAACGAUAGAGGUCGAGCUCGUCAAGGUUCACGAUCAAGAGCUCCAAUAGGAAAUUAUCAAGGAUCACAACAAUCUAUGUGGAGUCAACACGGCAACUGGCCAAGUGCCCAAUCUCAAGAAGGUUGGGGCCAACAAAAUAAUUGGGGAUCACAACAACCAUGGGGCAAUUGGAAAAGCUAUGGACAAGGAUCCUACAGUCAUCAAAACAGUUAUAAUCAACAAGGUUAUGGUAAUGGAAAUUGGAAUAGUUGGAAUCAGCAGUAUUAUAAUCAGUAUUGGGGCCAGCAACAGAGCGGACAAACUACAACUAGUGGACAGACUACAAAUAAACAAUAAUCGACUAGGAUUUAUGUCACGAGAGUGGAAUAGCAGAAUGAAAAGCACAACUGCUUUAUCUAACAAUUCCACAAUGGGACAUAGACUUAUCGUCCAAAAUGACGAGGAAAAUAUGAAAACUCCAGAUCAUAGUGUUGUCGAUACCGAGCACCGGUACUGAUCACACAUAAAUAGAUGGACAAAUUUUUCCACGACAAUAUAUUUACAAUUUUUUGUUCGUAUAUUUUCAAUGUACGAUUCCAAAGUUAUCUGUCGCGUUUUUAUAACUCGAGCAACAAUUUAGAUUUUGUCGAGUGAAGGCACCGUUACACAUGCACCACAUGAAAUUAUUUUACGUUGCAAAAUGCAAUAUUACGUGAAUUGUAAUAUUAUGUAAUUGUGAUUGGAGAUUGAUCAUCGGAACAAAGCACGUAACGAAGAAAACGUAUUCAUAUUAAAUACGUAGUUUUUAAAUCAUUUUAAAUCAAAAAGGGGGUAACGUAUGAAUAACAUCUUGUAACGUCUUUUCAUCGAAAAAUCGGUCAAGAGGAAGAAUGUCAUGUAUGGGUAUAUUAUACAAUUAGCAUUAAGAUUAAAAUACUUGCAAUGAAUUAUCGCUCUCAAAACAAACGUGUAAAUAUGUACAGAUUUUCAAACGUAUUACACAAAACGUUUACUGGAAGUCUGUUUAUAUAUUAAUAGUUAAAAAUACCAUGUAAUAAAAAGAAAAAGAUAUUUGUUCCCAACAAAAACACGAGAGUGAUAUUGUAUAUGAGUUUGUUUUAACUUUCUAAUGAUGAUGUACAAAAAAGGAAAAUAUCGUAUCACGAAUAAAUUAUUAUUGAAUUUGAUUUAUAUGUACGCGCAUUUUAUUGAAUUAACAAGAUCACCAAAUGAUAUUUUCGAAUUAGAUGUUAUAUUUUAUAACGUUACUUUAUCAAGAAUAUGCGAUUGUUACCCGACGUACUUCCUCCUGUUCCUUCUUUUUUUCUCAUUAUUACCAAACGUCUUUCAUUUUAGUCGUUAACUCUUUAUUUUUCUUUUCCGUUUCCUCUCAUCCUUAGUCUAUCUUUUCUUCAUUUUGCUACAUUUUUCUUUGUUGCAUAAACUUACAAAUAAAGCAUGGUAUUCUAGUUUAUGCUUGUUACUUCAAUAGUACUGAAAAACCAUAGUUACAGGAUGAUUGUCUUUGUACCUCCUUUUUCUAAAAUACUUUGUACAGUUUGCGAGACUUCGAAUUAAGGUUCUUUGAAUAUUGAACAAUAACAAAAUACAAAAAGAUGAAUUUGUAAGAGUAGAAAUUGAAAGUAUGAAGAAAUCCUUCGUCGCACAUUACCACGAUUCGAAGUCGACCAAGAUCAAAUUAUAAUAUGUAAUAACAUUAAAUCGUAAGUCAAUGAACAAAAUUUGUUUUUUUUUCAUAUACAAUCGAAUAAGAAUAAUUUCGCAGAAUUAGUUCGUAAUCGAAGAAUUUACUUGUUGACAGAAGUGUACAAACUUAUUCGUAAAAAUAAAAAAUAUCUUCUAUUUA